AUGCUCAAGUUAGUUCUGAUUUUGAUAUUUUCUGGUUGGGUUUCCAUUUGGGUUCUAAAACCAACUGAAAUCUGGACAAAGAAAUGGAAGGAAGCAGAGGAAAAGGCAUCGUCUUCCGUAUUCGGCUAUAACGGUCUAGAUUUUGCUGUAUACGCCUUUCCUGUGAUUGCCUUGGCUAUAAUCGCCUUCAUAUACUCGGACCUUAAAUCAAUAAAACCAAGAACCAGGCAAAGAUCAAGAAAUGUAUUCACCUCUCUCUCUAGCCCACUACUUGUGAAUCAGUACAUUGGCCUUUUGUCUGGAGCACAGAUUCUUGCUUCGUCUCUUUUCGUGGCCCUGCUCGUUUGGACCUUUUAUGUCCGUGUUUCUAACGACUUCAAGAAGAUGACACCAAUCAAAUCAUUCAAAUUGAGCCUAUGGCAAUACAAGCUGGUGAGGAUCGCUACAAGGUGUGGCUUGUUGUCAGAAGCUUGUCUAGCUCUGCUUCUUUUGCCCGUCUUAAGAGGGUUGUCCGUUUUAAGAUUAAUUGGGAUCCAAUUUGAAGCUUCAGUGAGAUACCACAUUUGGCUUGGAAAUGCAAUGAUAUUUUUCGCCACUCUACAUGGUGCAGGCACGUUCUUUAUCUGGGGACUAAAACGUCGAAUUCACGAUGAGAUGUGGAGAUGGCAGAAAAAAGGUCGAAUAUACCUUGCAGGCGAAAUGGCUCUUAUUACAGCACUAGUCAUUUGGAUCACGGCCUUACCACAGAUUAGGAGAAGAUGCUUUCGACUCUUUUACUACACGCACCAUCUUUACAUAGUUUUCCUGGUAUUCUUCUUGUUCCAUGGAGGUGACCGCCAUUUUUACACGGUUUUUCCUGGAGUUUUUCUCUUUUCACUCGACAAGCUCCUCCGAAUUCUGCAGUCAAGGCCAAAAACAUGCAUUCUAUCAGCUCGUGUUUUCCCAUGUGGAGCUGUUGAGCUGAGGUUGCCAAAGGAUCCAAAUUUGAAAUACAGACCAACAAGUUUGAUCUUCUUGAAGAUACCAAGCAUUUCCAAGCUUCAAUGGCAUCCAUUCAGCAUAACCUCAAGCUCAAACACAGAUCAUAACACAAUCACAGUCAUCAUAAAGAGUGGAGGCCAAUGGACCAACUCACUGCAUGACCAAAUUAUUGGUGAUGAUCAAGAUUCAGAAGCAGAUCAAAGGAUGUGUAUUCCAGUUGCAAUUGAAGGUCCAUACGGGCCCGAUUCAUUUGAAUUUUUAAGGCAUGACAAUCUACUCAUGGUUGCUGGAGGCAUUGGGAUAACACCAUUUCUGAGCAUCAUGAAGGAAAUAAGCUCCAACUUUAGCAAAAAUGAGUAUCCAAGUAAACUACAACUCAUAUACACCACAAAGAAAUCGCAAGACAUCUGCCUGCUAGAACCAAUUCUUCCUCAUCUUCUAAACGUAGGAAAAUACCACACAAAUCUCAAAAUGUACGUAACUAGAGAGAACCAAAUUUUCACGACGCUAAGAGAAGUGCUCAAUGAUACCCGUCCAACUCGAACGAUAAAUUUUAGUACUAAAAGCUUUAGUUACGCAACGAAUGGACCCGAAAGAUUAGCAUUCAUGGCAAUGAUCACAAUGGUUUGCUCAAUCAUAUUUGUCAUCUCCCUUGUUUUCUUCAAUCGUUUUGUCAUUCGUCCGAACAAGAGAACCUCGGGGCAAAAUUACACGUCUACACAAGUUGAUCUCCUUCUCAUGUGUUCUUUUGCUAUGGCUAUGACAAUCGCCGCUUUCUUGGCUGCUAUGAUUAGGUGGAAAAAGGUAAAGAAGGCGCUUCAAGUUUUUUACGAUACACAAAGGAAUGAGAAAACGAGCUCCACUGAUGGCAGUGGAGAUAUUGACAAACAUGAAAUUCAUUUCGGAGGGAGACCAAACUUUCGCGAUAUAUUGUUUGAUUUCUCAAGUGAAUGUGGGGGAUCCGAUAUAGGAGUGCUCGUCUGUGGGCCCGAAUCAAUGAAAGAGUCUCUGGCUACAGCCUGCAGCCGAGGUCUGGCUUUAAAAAGGAAUGCCAAGGGAAAUAGAUCAAACUUCAAUUUUCACUCUCUAAAUUUCACACUUUAG